GCGGCCGUCGGCACACCUCCUCUCGGGGUACUGCGUUUACGUUCUCUAACAAUAAAUUGCCAUGAUCGAUGAAAGAACCCCGCUAACAACGGUCGCCCCGUCUCCCUCCCCGUUCGUUUCGGGACCAUCGGGAAUGCACCAUCUGAAGGACCAUCACGAAACCUUACGCGAAAGGCAGGUCCGCACGUUCCAGUGUUGGAUAUGUUCCGCAAUACUUGGUGCAUUUGUGCUUGCAGUCGUGAUCAGCAUCAGUUAUAUCAUUUUCGGCGAUGCAACGAAACCGCCGUUCGAUGAAGGAAACACCACGGCCGCGGAUUUUCCGGAGCUUUUGAAUCUCAUCAGCUUUCCACUGGUCGACGAGCCGACACCCGAGUGGAACGGAAUGGACGUCAGUGAUGACGACAAAAUGGCCGCCAUUGCCGAAGGUGAAAAAGCGCUCGGAGACAAGGAACUAUUGGAAGAGACCCUCUCCUCGCCACCGGUGAAGUCUCCUUCGUUUCGGCAUCAGAAAUCCAUUGGUGCUACGGUGGCUGCUCGAAUGGCGGCCAAGCUGGGAUUCGUUGAAGAUCGGGCCACGAAGGCACUGGUAAAGAGGGUUGAUUUACGCCGCAAAGGAUGCGUAGGACGUGGUCCAGCGAUCAACGUGCCACGGGUGCAUUACAAGCCACAAUGUGACUUUAACUCCCGGUACCGGAGCGCCAACGGGACGUGUAACAACAAGGAACACCCGUAUGAGUACGGUGUCGCCAUGAUACCGUUCCGUCGUCAGCUAAACCCGGACUACGCUGAUGGAAUCUCGGCCCCACGAGUUGCCCGCGAUGGUGCUGAGCUGCCCAGUGCACGGCACGUUUCGCUAGACAUUCAUCGCCCAUCCUACCACAAUGAUCCGUCCUUUUCCGUGAUGCUCGCCGUCUGGGGUCAGUUCCUUGAUCACGACAUCACCUCGACAGCGCUGAACCAGGGCGUCAACGGGAAGCCGAUCGAAUGCUGUGACCCUGGGCAACCACAGCAUCCGGAGUGUUUUCCCGUUCCGAUUGGACCAGGUGAUCCAUACUUUCACCAGUACAACGUGACAUGCAUGAACUUUGUGCGUUCGGUGCCGGCACCGACUGGCAGUUUUGGACCGCGCGAGCAGCUCAACCAGGCAACAGCCUUCAUCGACGGUUCUGUCGUGUAUGGGUCGGACUUAGAGCGCAUGAAGUCGCUUCGCUCCGGUGAGGGAGGCCGUCUCCGAAUGCUGCGCACCCCGGAUGGGCGAGAUUUGUUGCCCGUGUCCACCGAUCCGGAGGAUGGUUGCAAUGAGGAAAAGAUGAAUGCCGCUGGCAAGUAUUGCUUCGAGUCGGGUGACAGCCGUUCGAACGAGAACCUCCAUCUCACGUCGAUGCAUCUGAUCUGGGCCCGGCAUCACAACAGCCUCGCCGACGGGUUGGCCAAGGUUAACCCCGACUGGGACGAUGAACGGUUGUUCCAGGAAGCGAGACGCAUUUUGGCGGCCCAGAUGCAGCACAUUACAUACAGCGAGUUCUUGCCGGUGAUUUUCGGCAACGAAACGGCCAGCAGAAUGGGCAUUCUUCCGGAUUCGGAAAGUCGUGAUGACACGUACAACGCGUCAGUCGAUCCGUCUGUAGCGAACGUGUUCGCCGGGGCAGCCUUCCGCUUUGCGCACACCCUGCUACCAGGAUUGAUGAAGAGAACGCGCAAUCCGGUGGGCUCCAGUUCGGGCAUCGAGCUGCACAAAAUGCUGUUCAAUCCGUACUCGCUGUACGCGGCGACAGGGUUAGACGAUGCACUGGGUGGUGCCAUGAGUACCGCACUGGCCAAGUACGAUCAGCUUUUUUCUACCGAACUCACCGAGCGCCUGUUCGAGAAGGCCGACGAGCGUUUGCUACACAAUCAUCCGUGCGGGUUGGACCUGGUGUCGCUCAACAUUCAGCGGGGCCGAGACCACGGCUUACCGGGGUACCUGCACUGGCGACGACAUUGCCAUCUAACGCCGGUGGAUACCUGGGACGAUCUGGAACGCAUCACCGAGCCAUCGUCAUUCCGGCAGAUGAAGACAAUCUACCGAGAACCGGCAAACGUGGACGUUUACUCCGGUGCCCUGAGUGAGCCACCUAUAAAGGAUGGCAUCGUGGGUCCACUGCUCGCCUGUCUGCUUGGCGACCAGUUUCUACGCCUUAAGCAGGGCGACUCGUUCUGGUACGAGCGUCGACAGGGUCCACAACGGUUUACCGGAGAACAACUCCGGCAAAUCUAUGAUACAAAGCUGGCCAGCAUCAUUUGUCGCAACUCGGAUCACAUCGCACAUUCGCCGGUCUAUCUGAUGAAGAAAUCGGAUGCAAAGGCAAACCCUGACGUCGACUGCAAACAAUUGGAUACGUUCGACUUUGCUCCGUUUCACGAGAACCAAACACAUCAGUACAAUGGAAAGAGUAAGUUGGCCACGGAUCGUAUGAAGGUUCUGGUCCUACAACCGAAGCACCCGUCAGAAGCUACCACCAAUGUGCCACAGGAGGAACCAGUUACGAUCACGAUCACUAGUGAACUACCCACAACCGUGAGUGAGGAACCAACGACGACAGUCCCUACCACUACUCCUGCGGCAUAAGAAGGCUCAUCGUUUGGCAAUGCGACCACACGCGAACGUGCGACAAUCAAAGUGACCAGGGAAACGGAGCGGACACGAGUCGCGUGUUUGAUGCAUGCUGUUUUAGGGAAAUUGAAGGCCGACUCGUAGCAGUAGGCCGUUUUUACGAAGUUUGCUAAAUAAA